GCUGGUUGUAGGAAUGCUUUUCUGAGAAUUAGAAGUGUUUGGAAAUUUGGAAGAAAAGUGCAAUUUUGUGGUAGUUCCUGGGCAGCCGCAGCCUCCAGGACGAUGGAUUACGAUUUUAAGAUGCGCACUCAAGCCGAGCGCACAAAAGUAGAGGACCUAUUUGAAUUUGAAGGCUGCAAAGUUGGCCGCGGAACUUAUGGCCACGUUUACAAAGCACAUCGAAAGGAAGGCAAUGACACAAAGGAUUACGCCCUGAAACAAAUAGAAGGCACAGGCCUAUCUAUGUCUGCAUGCAGAGAGAUUGCGCUCCUCCGGGAAUUGAAGCACGUGAAUGUGAUCAAUUUGAUCCGGGUAUUCCUGUCGCAUACGGACAGAAAGGUGUGGCUUCUGUUUGACUAUGCCGAACAUGAUCUGUGGCACAUUAUCAAGUUCCAUCGGGCAGCUAAGGCCACCAAGAAGCCUGUGAUGGUGCCUAAGGGGAUGGUGAAGAGUCUUCUGUACCAGAUCCUCGAUGGCAUUCACUAUCUACACUCCAACUGGGUGCUUCAUCGUGAUCUCAAGCCAGCCAAUAUCUUAGUAAUGGGCGAGGGAAAUGAGCGGGGACGCGUUAAAAUUGCAGAUAUGGGAUUUGCGAGACUCUUCAAUGCUCCACUUAAGCCCCUUGCUGAUCUGGAUCCUGUAGUGGUCACAUUCUGGUACAGAGCUCCAGAAUUGCUUCUGGGAGCCAGGCAUUAUACAAAGGCCAUUGACAUUUGGGCAAUUGGUUGUAUCUUUGCCGAACUUUUGACUUCCGAACCCAUCUUCCACUGCCGCCAAGAGGACAUAAAGACAAGCAAUCCCUAUCAUCAUGACCAACUGGACAGGAUUUUCAAUGUGAUGGGCUUUCCGCAGGACAAAGAUUGGGAAGACAUCCGGAAAAUGCCGGAGCAUCAUACACUCACAAAAGACUUCAAGAGAUCAAACUAUGCAAAUUGCUCUCUGGUGAAGUACAUGGAGCGUCAUAAGAUCAAGUCAGACAGCAAAGCUUUCCAUUUGCUGCAGAAGCUUUUGUUGAUGGAUCCCAAUAAACGGAUUACAUCUGAGCAAGCAAUGCAGGAUCCCUACUUCAGUGAAGACCCGCUGCCAACGCAAGACGUCUUUGCAGGGUGCUCAAUUCCAUAUCCAAAACGUGAAUUCCUCACGGAUGAUGAUCAGGAGGAAAAGUCAGACAAUAAGAGGCCAAAUCCUCAGAAUAUUCAGCAACAGCAGAACAAUGCGGGUCAAUCGAGUUCGCAUGAUCAUGGAAAGAGGGUUCGCCUUUCGGGACCAAGUGGGCAUCCGCAGCAGAAUACACAGAUGAAUCAACAGCAAGAUUUCCAUCAUCAACAAACGCAGCAGCAGCAGAUGAUGUUUAACAAUUCACAGCAGCAACAGAAUAACUUCCAGCAGCGCUUCUGAAUUGAGUCUUGAGGGUCCUGGCGUGAGUGAAUUAGGAAUCUCGAAGAGUAUAAAAAAUAUUUUUUUUUUUUAAUAUAUUCUUCAGUUUUUAUUUCAUUCAGUAAUAAUUGAUUUAGUUUACUUUUAUAAUGUAAGACUUGCACUCCGACACCAAUUUAAAUUUUACAUAAAUUGCAUUCACCCAAAAAUGUACGAAACACAUAGGACUUGUCCAGCAUUGAUUCUUCCUCUGUUUACAAUGUGUCCUGGAAUUUUCUUUAUUCUUUUUUUUAUGUUUACUAUAGGGAUUGUAUUCUCUUUUGCUCAUUAUGUUGGUGGUUGGUAGAAGAGGAUGAUUCUCACUUCAAUUUUCGUUUUAGCUAUUUUUUCUAUAAGAUUUCUUUUUUUUUUUUUAAAUGUAUUUGUAGCUCGAAAUUACAUUCAGUCACAGCCACCACUUUUUUCAUCUUUUUUUUUUAUUUAUGAGAAAUUUUUUGUAGGACAGAAAAACUGAAAAAUUGUAAAUUUUUUAUAAGAGACGCAAAUUGGAAAGAAAUAAUAAUAAUUAAUAAUAAAAUGAUAUACAAUGACA